GUUUUCCUCCGAACUCCAACCCCACUCCUCUCUUUAAAAACUGUCUCCCCCCGCCCACCCUUUGAACUCUCCAAUAAACCCACUUUCCCCAUUUGUAUUCCCAUUGGUAUCAUUGUUAGCUAUGGCUGACCAAACAAAGAACCCUGCCUAUGUUGACCAGGUGGUACUUGCCCCUGACGUCCCACAGCAACCACCUGCUGCAGCAGUUGUGAAAGAACCACCUCAAGCUGAAACUGAUGAAGAAUCCGUAAAUCAGAAGCCGGUCGAGAAGGCUUUAGUGGAAGAGCAUUUGUCAAAACACAGGUGUGAUGAUCAGGAAAAUGUUCUUCAGUCGGGUUCUUUCAAGGAAGAGAGCACAAGGGUGGUUGAUCUUCUUGAUAUUGAAAAGAAAGCGUUACAACAACUUAAGCAACUUGUUCAAGAAGCGCUUAACAAGCAUGAGUUUGGCGGGCAACAACCAGAAGUGCCUAAAGAGGAUGAUGAGAAAGAAUCCUCCAAAGAGGAGGCAAAGGACGAAGCGGUUAUUGAUGAUGACCCACCAAAACCAGAAACAGUAGCCGAAACUAAUGAUGCACCGGUAAAGGAAGAUAGUAUCAAUCUGGUUGAAACGGAAGUCAUUGAAGACAAGGUUGCUACUGCAGCUGCUGGCUCUGACACCGUGGAAGACGAUGGUGCCAAGACUGUAGAAGCCAUUGAAGAGAGCAUUGUCUCAGUCUCUUCUUCUUCAGUUCAACCUGCAGCAGAGGCAGAGGCUUAUGUGGAAUCGGAAGACGAACGAAAAGGUGGUAAAGUAGAGGACAAGGUGGUGCCGCCCGAGGAGAUAUCCAUAUGGGGCGUACCGCUUCUUGCAGAUGAAAGGAGCGAUGUCAUUCUCCUCAAAUUUCUAAGAGCCAGAGAUUUCAAGGUGAAAGAGGCGUUUGUGAUGCUGAAAAACACUAUUCUUUGGAGAAAGGAGUUCGGGAUUGAUGAGCUGGUUGAACAAGAUCUGGGUGAUGAUUUGAGUAAGGUGAUAUUUAUGCAUGGUUUUGACAAGGAAGGACAUCCGGUGUGCUAUAAUGUGUACGGGGAGUUCCGAAACAAGGAGCUUUACCAGAAAAAAAUUUCGGAUGAAGAGAAGAGGCAAAAUUUCCUCAGAUGGAGAAUCCAAUUCCUGGAAAAGAGUAUUCGGAAACUAGAUUUUAGGCCCGGUGGAAUUUGUACUAUUGUUCAAGUCAAUGACUUAAAGAAUUCCCCAGGACCAGCCAAGUGGGAGCUUAGACAAGCUACCAAACAGGCUCUUCAUUUGCUCCAGGACAACUAUCCAGAAUUUGUUGCCAGACAGGUGUUCAUCAAUGUUCCUUGGUGGUACCUUGCGGUCAAUAAGAUGAUAAAUCCAUUUUUGACCCAAAGAACUAAAAGCAAGUUUGUCUUUGCUGGCCCUUCCAAAUCAGCGGACACCCUUUUCAGGUACAUCACUGCUGAACAAGUACCGGUCAAAUAUGGAGGACUGAGCAAAGGCAGUGAAUUCGCCACCACCGAAACUGUUACCGAGAUAACUGUUAAACUAGCGGCAAAACACACAGUAGAGUUUCCAGUUACUGAGGCAUGCCUUGUGAGAUGGGAGGUGAGAGUUAUUGGAUGGGGUGUGAGCUAUGGUGCAGAAUUCGUACCCAGUGGUGAAAACAGCUAUGCAGUUAUAAUCCAAAAGGCUAGGAAGGUUGCUGCCUCUACCGAGGAACCGGUGGUGUGCGACAAUUUCAAGGUUGGCGAGGCUGGCAAAGUUGUUCUCACUAUCCACAAUCCCUCCUCCAAAAAGAAGAAGCUCCUCUAUCGCUUCAAGUCCCACCCUACUACAUCUCACUAGUUUUAUUCAAGGAAAUGGAUAUCACACAAGGCAUUCACAUAUAUAACCAUCUUUCUAGUUGUCUUGCCAUUACUUCCGAUUUUCCAAGUUGUUUAUUAUAUGUAAUUUUGGGGGUUUGUUCAUACAAUAUGUUCCUUUCUUUUUUUGUCCUAGUAAAUUUCAAACGGUGGUUUCGUGGAUUCUCACGGAUGCACGUGCAUGGAUAUUAUUUUUGUGCUCGUUAAAUUUCAUCGUACAUCAUUGGGUUUUGCCAUCUUUGAUUUUCAAGGAAGAAGUUUUUGUAUCUUCAA